AUGCCCGCGUUUCUCGGUCAUAGGGUUGGAUUUCACCACGUUACAGGGGGCCGGGCCUCCAACAUUGCCGUCAGCUCCAUUCCCUCCUUCUUCGGGCGAUUCAGGAGGAUGCAAGCAGCAUGUGAACAGCAGACUCAGAAAGAGCAGGAGCGACGGCCAAGGGUUGAUAUCUAUCGGCUACUUGGGGUUCCACACAAUGCUCCUGCAGAUGCAAUUGCCUCUCGAGCUAAGGAAUUGGAAGGACAGCUGACGCGGCAUGCAGAUACAACUACAGUAGAUCCGCUUCUUCUGUCGCUUUUUAAUGAAGUCGUUGCCACACUGAAGGCCCCCGAUCUGCGUAGUGCUUACGAUGAAAACGGCAUUCUCCCGGAGUCUCUCAGCGCCCUGCUCCAGCAGCUGCUGCCUGCCCUAUCCUAUCCGCACAGCUCAGAUAGCACGGAGCAGGGAAUAACAGCAAAAGAGUAUGUUGAAAAUAGAGAACCAGUACGCAGGAGGAGAGGCCCCGCGGAGUUAUUUUCCUCCUUACUGGGUCGGGAUUUCUUCGGCAAGAGCAGCCCGUUUGCUGCUGCUGCUGCUGCGGGACGCCGGCACACGCAGGGGUCACAGCAGGGCCUAGACGUUGAGGCUCACGUCACCCUCAGUUUUGUAGACGCGGCGUUAAACGGAGCUUGCUCUUUGCCUGUUAUAGUACGUCGGCAAGAGACAUGCACAGCUUGUGCAGGACCAAGCACCCGAAGAACGUCACCGUGUCCAGUCUGUGAAGGCCAAGGGAUGCAAACGGAAACGAGGCGCUCUUCUUUUGGUUUCGUGACGACGUCCGUCACCUGCUCCGCGUGCAAUGCGACGGGAAUUUCUCAGGGCCCUCUGUGCAAGUCUUGUGAGGGAGAAGGGCUAAUAAGCAAGGAUGUUCAUUUAAAGGUCAACAUUCCUGCUGGUGUCUUGGAGGGAUCGUUAUUGCGCGUUGAAGGCGAAGGAAGUGAAGGCAGAAAUGGGGAAGCCCGAGGUGAUCUGUAUAUAUCGAUAGGUGUUGAGAGCCACGAUCGGCUGACUAGGGAAGGUGCAGAUGUGUGCAGCGAGGAAUCGAUAUCCCUGGAAGAUGCAGUGUAUGGAUGCAGCAUCACCGUGCAUACGGUGGACGGCGAUGUGGAGUUGAAGAUACCAGCCCUUUCUCGCUCUGGCCGGAAGUUUCUCAUUAAAGGAAGAGGCGCCAAAAAGAUUGAUGACCCUUCUGGGGCAAGAGGGGAUCAUGUUGUCACUUUGAGAGUGGCUCUGCCAGAGACAGCUACGGCCAAAGAUCGCGAGCUGCUAAAAAGUCUACGAGAAGCAGAAGAUGUAGGAGAAUAA